AUGUUGCGCCGCAGUUUAGGAGAAGGAUCAACCACCACCGCGAACGUUUACCGACGAUUGAUGGAAAUCACCGCAUCAUCAUCAUCAUCAUCAUCAUCAUCAUCAUCACUCUCAAUUCUUUCAGCGAUUUCGGCGACGACAACGCACCGCCAGCAAGGGAGAAGGGGAUAUGCCAAGGCGGCAAAAAAAGGUUCUCAGAGUAAGUCGAAAGCGUCCCAGGGCCGGCGUGGUGGUAAAAGUGGCAGUGGUGGUAUGGGCGAAAUUAAAAGAGACCCAAAGUUAGACGCAGCUUUAGAUAAAUACCUCAAUCUGCUCGUGAAAGCGGUGGAGCCGACAGAAAUAAAGCCUCAGAAACUCACGCAAGCGCAAUUGGAAGAGUACGAAGCGAAAGCGAAAGAGUAUAGCAGGAAAAAAAUGGGGCAGCACAGGGCAAUGCAGAAAGACGUGAACGAUAAGAUCCGACUGAAAGCGGCAGCAUGCAACGCACUGCCGGAAGGGUUUCUCCGAGAACACGCGUGGACGGAAGAUCGUACGUUGUUCUCUCCUAAACGAAGGAUGCCAGUGGCAACACCACCUAUACAAGGAUAUGCAGAGAAUAAGCUCGCCGCCGACGAGGCGGCUGUCAUUUCUAACGUCGGGUUAGGAAAAAGAUGA